UUUAUUUGUUUACCCAGGCCACAAAAAGAAGUCUUUUAAAAUAUAUAUAUUAAUUGUAAGGCUAAAGGAAACACAUGUUUAACUCAUCACACGAGCCAGAGACGUUAUAACACAAAUUUUUUUGUUAUUUAAAACCGUGACGCGCUCCGUGCUUCCUCCGGCACGGCUUUUUGGACUUCUGCAUCCCAAGCGCAGCAGCAACAAUAUGAGUGGAAGCUUCAGAAUGUACGAGGAUGAGCAUCCCAACGCCUGUGGGACCAUCUGUCUCAAAUACGUGCUCCUCGUGUUCAACUUAAUCUUUUGGUUGACUGGUGCUGGAGUGAUGGCGGUGGGCGUGUGGACAUUGGUGGAGAAGGGUGACUAUCUCAGCCUGCUGGCCUCCAGCACGUUUGCGGCGACUGCCUAUAUCCUCAUUCUGGCUGGCAGCGUGGUCAUGCUCACGGGGCUGCUGGGAUGCUGCGCGGUGGUGCGCGAACGACGCGGAUGCCUUGCCGCCUACUGUGGCCUCCUGUUGCUCAUCUUCCUUCUGGAAGUCAUUGCCGGGAUUCUUGCUUACCUGUACAGGCAACAGUUGAGUGAAGAGUUAAAGAGCCACAUGAACAAAACAAUUGUGGAGAGCUAUGGGCAGCCUGACCAGCAGAGGGUAACUGAUGCCAUGGAUAAACUUCAACAGGAGUUUAAGUGCUGCGGGAGCCACGACUGGAAUGAUUGGCAGCGGAGUGACUGGGUGAAGGUGGCCGCAGCAGAAGGCCGUCUGGUGCCAGACAGUUGCUGCAAAUCCCCGACGACACAUUGUGGCCGCCGUGACCAUCCCUCCAAUAUCAACAGGGUGGAGGGUGGGUGCAUCACGAAGUUGGAAGUGAUAUUGCAGGAACAUCUGCUGCUCAUUGGUGCGGUGGGAAUUUGUGUGGCCUGCCUGCAGGUGCUGGGGAUGAUACUGACUUGCUGCUUAUACAGAAGUAUCAAGUUAGACCCCUACUAUUAAAAGAAUGACAGGAACCUGCAUUUUGAUAACACAUUUUUGUGAAUCAAACAUGUCAUAAUUCUUACCCACUGAACUGUACCUAUAGUAUUAAUCUACUAAGCACACUGUAUACUAUAAAACUUGCAUAGGAAAUAGCUAUUUGAAACAUUAACAUUGACUUAAUGUAUAUUUACAGUCAGUUUUGUGUUUAUACUCGUAGUUUGUGUUUAAUGUUAAUAUACCAUGAUUGUAUUAAAACAGGACAAUGCAAAGGUUAAAGCUACAUCGUUUAAAUGUGCCUUAAUCAUUGGUAGAUGUCACCAAAUAAUAUCCAGCAGCAUAGAGAUGGAUAC